GGAAGCAGAGAUGCUCAGCUGUCAGAGGAAGGACGGAGAAUAAAACCUGCUGCUGUCAUCUCUCACUCCUCACUGCCUUUCUUUCUCCUGUAGCUGAACUUCACCAUCAAACCCAGUUUAACCAGUUAGAUCCUGCACAGGCUGACGCCACCCGAGCUGCAGGUCUUCUCUUUGUGUCUUCGUUAGUUUUCUGGUGUAGUUUGAGAUGCCGGUGCAGAUCCCGGACGACUCGGACUUCUCUUCGUUCAAAGAUCAGUGUCUGAGCUCGGACGGAUGGAUCAGCCGCUACAACAAGGCAGGAGUGACGGUGUGGUGCCGGGAGGAGGAGAGCAGGAGCGUCCAGAAACUCAAGAUGAGGAUAGUGUGUAAGGACGUGACGGCAGAGACGCUGUACGACGUCCUCCAUGACACCAGCUACCGCAGGAAGUGGGACACCAACAUGAUCGACACGUAUGACAUCGGCAGGCUGACCGCCAACGCCGACAUCGGAUAUUACUCCUGGAAAUGUCCGAGCCCUCUGAAGAACAGAGACUUUGUGACGAUGAGAUCUUGGCUUCCUCUCGGCAGCGACUACCUGAUCAUCAACUACUCCGUCAAACACCCGCAACAUCCUCCUAAGAAGGACUACGUCCGAGCCGUGUCCCUGCUGACCGGAUACCUGAUCCAGUCCAACGGAGCCAACUGCUCCACCCUGUACUACCUGACCCAGGUGGACCCCAAAGGUUCGUUACCUAAGUGGGUGGUGAACAGAGUCUCUCAGUUUGUGGCUCCAAAGGCGAUGAGGAAGAUCUACAAGGCGUCUCUGAAGUAUCCCGAGUGGAAGAGGAAGCACAACCCGAACCUGAAGCCGUGGAUGUUUCCGGAGCAGAACACGCUGCCGUGCAUCAACGUGUCGGAGCUGACGGUGCAGCGAGCCGACUCUCUGGAGAACAUCGACGAGAGCGGCCUGAGCGAGGAGAAGACGCACCACAGCGACGACGAAGAGACUUAAACUUCCACGCAGACCGAAAGCAUCCCCAUUUAUUUCUGUCUGAUUUACUGUUUGUUGGUUUGUUUGUUUGUCAGACUGAUGGCGGCCGGACCAGACUACAGCAGGAUUCUGACUGUUUUUAUCUGCGCGUACGUUUGUUCUUUAUUUCACAUCAACUCCAGAUUUGGUUCAGUGACGUCUGCAAGUGUUCAGUGUUUAACGGCUUAUUCGGCUUCAGUCUGGUUCAGAUUUGGUUCAGUUUAGGCUAAACUAAAGCCACCUGGUUCAGGUGAGGUCCAGAGGGCGGUCAUGAUGAAAGUCUCUGCGCAUCCUCACAGGUGUUUUCAGGUGACCUGCUCAGGUUAAAGGUGGGUGGAGUUACACUGGGAAUUGAGUGAGGUCACUAAACAGCAUGAACUAAUAAGGUUAUUUUUGACUUUGUUUUAAAAAUGUCAUUCUUUUUUGUAGCAAUAAAAGUACAUGUGACGGAACAGGGCUGCAGCUAACGAUUACUUUCUCGAUUCAUUGAUUAACGGCCACAAAAUGCAGCGAUUCCUUCACUUAGCUUGUUGUGUUUGACAAACAAUUUAAAACCUAAAGAUAUUUCAAUUGUCUGUCAUAUACGAGAAGCUGGAACUGAAACGAUUCAUCGAUUAUGAAAACAGUUGCUGAUUAAUCGGCUAAUCAAUUAAACGACUAAUCGUUCGGUAUGAACGCGUUUCUAACUUAGAAGAGACUGAAACCGGCUGUCCUGACUUGUCGAAGGUAAAAUCAUUUUCUAGCUUUUGUUUUUGUGUCCACGCUGCGUGAUAAAGGUCCCGAGGAAGAGGUGCGAUCAGGGAACAUCGGUGGGAACACCUGUGGGGGUGGAGCUCAGGUGUGGCGCGGUCUGCUGGCGAACAGUUGAUAUUUAAACACACAGACGUGUCUGUAAACUGUAAGUCUCCCGCGUUCUCACAAUCAGCUGGCGUCGACACAAAUCCUCUCUGAUUUAUGAUCCAAACACGUUUCGGUCAGAGAGACGCUUCUUUCCCGCGUCUCCAGACGUCAAAGAGUCCAACGUCAAACAUCCGUCCCAGUGAUGUCACGUUCCUGGUCUGUGGUCUGGCCCUGGUCCGGUCAGAGAUCAGCUUCCUGUCCGCUGACCGAACGGAGAGGAGUAGGGGAGAGCGGGGUCAGAUCAGCCAAACCCGUUACCAUGGCAACAAUAAACCUUUCAUUUCACCGACUACGGUGGAGAGCGGCAGUUCGGGAGUGUGGUCGACACGCUGCCAAAGGUGCAGCGAGCGGACGAGGAGCAGACUGUCGCUACGACAAUGCUCCGUGACAACGCCACGCGUCUCCACCAGCGGCGAGGUCUUCUGGUGCUGAACAUCGAAGCUUUAACUGCUCUCCAAAACCCUGAAGCUCUUUCAAACGUCGUUCUGACUUCACUGCAUUGAUUAUUUCACAGACUGCGAACACCCACGCGUUCAGCAGCGUUUAAUGUUAAAGUUAUGAGUUAUUCUGCGUGAUCCAGGCGUGGCCCUGGCAGACCUGAUCCUGACACACAAAUGUAGUUUUACUUUUUAUCCUUUCAGUAAAAAGUGUCUGAUCGGAUCCAGCUCCCCCCUGAACUUCCUGUGAUCAGGAAACAUCUGCUGGAUCUUUAUUAGAGCAAAACAAACCCCGACUGUCGGGUCACGAAGAGAAAUCUUUCCUCGUGUUUGAACGUUAAAGUCGGUUUAUUACAUUAUUUAUUUAAUAUGACUGUUGGUCUUUUAAUGCAGUGGAAAGGAAAUCAUGUCACAUGUGAUGUCAGUUGCUGUGUGAGUCUGCAGCGCCCCCCAGUGGACAGAUAACUUCAUCACAGCCUGAACUUUAUCAGUUCUCCUGCUUUAAAGGAGGAUUUUAAUGAACGUAAUCUUCCUUUAGUUUAACAAAUCUCCGUCAUGUUAACGAGCUCCUCUACAGGGAAUACUGAGUGCUGUUUAACUUCAGAUGCGUAAUGACAGUAAACUGAACCCUCUGAGGCGAGUCUGUGCAGGUCAGUGGGUCGUGUCAUCUGUCAGGAAGUGAAUCCACACAGAGACCAGCAGGUUUUCGUUGGUUCUGGUUCAGAUCAGCAGAUCUGUGAUCUGUAAAGAAUCUGCAGCCGUUCGAUCCUCAGAGGAGACGAGCAUCUCACCCACACAAACAGUCUUUGUUUUGUUACGCAGAUUCUGUUUUUAUCAAUAAAGUUGGUCUUUUUCUGUCA